CAUGCCGCUUGAGCCAUGAUAGUAUGGAAUCGUAGGAGUACAAUUUUUAGGUGUGUCUUUCUAAAUAUCGAACUAGAAUGUCUCCUAAAUUCGUGACUAAUGUCCCAUACCUUUGUGCAGACAAUGUGAAACAGCGCGACUGCGUGCUGUGCGCUAGAUUUAGGUAACGUUAGUGCCGGGACAUAUGUAAUAAAAACGGUGAUCGAAUUUGUGUUGUUCGGAGUGUCGUGUACGUUUUCUGGUUUGAUGGUAAAUUAAAAUGUGGAAUAUGAUGUGCGACGUGAUGCCCACGAUAUCGGAAGACAGUAUCAGCCAGCGGAGCUCGCAGUUUAGUGGCGAGGAUGCCAACUUCGAACAGCUCAUGGUGUCUAUGUUGGAUGAGCGAGACAAGCUUGUCGAGAGCCUGCGGGAGACGCAGGAACGGCUGGGGGACUCGGAGCUGCGUCUCAAGGAGGUGGAGAAAGAGCGGGACUCGCUGCAUCGCCAGAUCGCUGCAAACUUGCCUCAGGAAUUCGCGACCCUCACGAAGGAGUUGAACCAGGCGCGAGAGCAGCUGUUGGAGAGAGAAGAGGAGAUCUCCGAGCUCAAGGCGGAAAGAAACAACACCAGGUUACUACUAGAGCACCUAGAAUGCCUGGUGUCUCGUCACGAGCGGUCACUGCGCAUGACCGUGGUCAAGCGGCAGGCGGCCGCGCAGUCCGGCGUGUCGUCAGAGGUCGAGGUGUUGAAAGCGUUGAAGAGUCUCUUCGAACACCACAAGGCUUUGGACGAGAAGGUCCGGGAAAGGUUACGAGUAGCGUUAGAAAGAAACACAGCUUUAGAAGAAGAACUCGCCUUAACCAAAGAAGAAUUACAACAAUACAAAUCGUCGGCCGGACAAGACGGAGACAAGCCUAAAGAGAAUGGUACGGUCCCGAGCGGCUCGCCGGACCAGAACGGCGAGCAACAGCAGACUAAGGAAAAUAGUGUAAACGGUGAAUCGGAGUCCAGCAGGAAAGUCACUGAGCUCCAAAAUACAGUCGCCAAACAGUCAGCAGAACUCAGCUCAUGGCAGCGCCGGGUCGCGGAGUUGAACAACAAGGUCUCGGAACUGGAAGAACGACUCUCCAGAGGCGAGAAAGAACUGACUAAGAAGCAAGAAGAAUGCUCCAAACUCCAGCGGGACCUGAGGGAGAAUGUGGCGCAGAAGGAGGACCAGGAGGAAAGGAUAGCAACACUGGAGAAGCGGUACUUGGCGGCGCAACGCGAGUCCACCUCCCUGCACGACCUAAAUGAGAAGCUGGACCAGGAGUUGCAGCACAAACAGGCACAGCUCAAGCUUCACGAAGAGAAGAUUGCGGCGCUGGAAGAGAAGCUCGAGCUGUCGACACAGAAACUCGCCCAGAUGUCUUCUCUGCCCGAGAUGGAGGAGCAACUCAAAGCCAGGAUGGAAGCCUUGAACCAGGCACAAGAGAGGCACGGGUCCGCUGAAGACCGUAUCCAGAGGUUGGAAGCGAGUGUCGAGGAGAAGAAUGCGGAGCUGAUGCGGCUGAACCAACGGCUGCGGAUGAAUGAGGAGCAUAAUACCAGGCUCUCUGCGACUGUGGAUAAACUACUGUCAGAGUCUAAUGACAGGUUACAAGUGCACCUGAAGGAGCGGAUGCACGCACUGGACGAGAAGAAUGCGCUCACGCAGGAGUUGGAGAAGACGAGGAAGUAUGCGGAGGAACUCCUCGCGGAGAAGCAGGACAUCCUCAAGGAGCUCGCCAAGUGGAGGAUGGAAACCGAACAGCUGAAACGCCAGAUGCUGCAGCAGGAGAUAGCGUUCAACAUCCAGCAAACAGACGCGCUGACGCGCUCGCUGUCGCCCGGUGCGCCGCCGCAGCCGCCGCCUGUGGGCCUCUUCCAGUCCAAGUUGGAUGGUUCUUGGGAGAAGUUACAACAAGCGCACGUGUUAGCAAACGUUCAGCAAGCGUUCGACGCUAGCGACGCUGAGAACGACGAGUCAGACGGCGGCGUGGAGGGCGGCCACACGGACGCGGCUGCUCUGGCGCUUAUGCUGCAAGAACAGCUGGAUGCCAUCAACACGGAGAUACGCCUCAUACAGGAGGAGAAGCAGAGCACUGAGGCACGUGCCGAGGAACUUGAGUCUAGGGUGGGAAGUUACGAGCAUAUGAACGUGCUGUCUCGGCGCGGCGAGUCUCCACCGCUCGCGGCGUCGCCUUCGCGGCCGCAUCUCGCACAACACCACAAGUACCACACGCUGCAGCUGUGCGAGGAGGGCGGCGGCGCGGGCAGCGGGUCGGGCGGCGAGGGCGCGGAGUCCCCGCUCACGGCGCGCUCGCUGCGGCUGGAGCGCGCGGCGCGCGCGCUGCACGCCGAGCGCGACCGCCUGCGCACGCACUACCCCGCGCCCUACGACUCGAGUUCCGUCAUGUCUGGAAGCCUCGCCCGGAUCCCAAUACACAGCUCAAGCCAAGAGUCCCUGGGCGGCCUGGCAUCAGGAUCAACGUGGAGUGGCGGCGCGUCGCCAGGGCUCCCUCGCGGCGUGGCAGCGGCGGCGUCAGCUGUGUCCAUAGCUUCCAUGCACCAACAGAAGAAACGAGGAAUUAAGAGCUCCCUCGGACGCCUGUUUAGCAAGAAGGAGAAGGGUGGGUUACCGCUGCAGCAAGGGCAGGGCCGCUCGGUGUCGUCAGCCUCGUCCCUGGGGCUGUCCUCGCUGGCGGACGACACCACGCCGCCCCACGAGCCCCACCACCCACACCAGGACUACGCCCGCUCCAAGAGCAAAGACCGCGACUACAGGCACGAGCUGCUGGGCGAGGCGAUGCGCGCAGGCACGCCGUUCGCGCUGUGGAACGGGCCCACCGUGGUGGCGUGGCUGGAGCUGUGGGUGGGCAUGCCGGCCUGGUACGUGGCCGCCUGCCGCGCCAACGUCAAGUCCGGCGCCAUCAUGUCCGCGCUCUCCGACCAGGAGAUCCAGCGGGAGAUCGGUAUAAGCAACCCGCUGCAUCGGCUCAAGCUGCGGUUGGCGAUACAGGAGAUGGUGUCGCUGACGUCACCAUCGGCGCCGCGCGGCACCGCCUGCGCCGCGCUCGCCUUCGGGGACAUGAACCACGAGUGGAUCGGGAAUGUGUGGCUGCCCUCACUAGGCCUGCCACAGUAUCGCACGACGUUCAUGGAGUGCCUGGUAGACGCGCGCAUGCUCGAGCAUCUCACCAAGCGGGACCUGCGCACGCAGCUCAAAAUGGUCGACAGCUUCCACAGAACAUCAUUACACUUCGGCGUGGCGUGCCUGAAGCGCGUGGGGUACUCGGUGCGGGCGCUGGAGGAGCGGCGCCGCGCCGCCGACCACGCCAACCGGGACGUGCUGGUGUGGACCAACGAGCGGCUGCAGCGCUGGCUCGUCUCCAUCAACCUCAAGGAGUACGCCAACAACCUGGUGGAGAGCGGCGUGCACGGCGCGCUCAUCGCGCUGGACGACAACUUCGACGCCAACAGCAUGGCGCUCGCGCUGCAGAUACCCACGCAGAACACGCAGGCACGACAAAUCCUAGAAAUGGAGUAUGCAAACCUCCUGGCUUCAGGCACGGAGCGCGCGGCUCGCAUGCAACACGAACACGCGUCCUCCUGACACCAGACCCUCAACUAGGCCUCCGCCCCGGAGCCCCCGGGCCCGGUGGAACCCAAUACGUGAACUUUCAUAACCCAGACUGGAUUAGAACGUAAGGCCCGUGAAAAACUACCAAUUAUUAAUUUUAUACCUAAACUCGCAACACUGGUGGCCUGUGAUUGGACGAUCGUGAUCAGUGUUGCCAUUUUAGUCUUGUAAAGUUGUAACUUGUAGCUCGAUUUGGGUGCCAGAUGGUAUGCAUGUUGGAAUUAAAAUGAGAUGAGGGAUCUUUGCUAAUUUGGUUAAAGAGAAAAUGUCUUCGUUUUACAGAUUCUUCAAAGGUAUUUAUUAAUCUAAAAAAUCUGUAUACUUUGUAUACUGAAUUCCGAAUGUAGUAUGUUCUAUUACUUAAAAAAAUGAAAUAAAAUUCCAGUAUCUACUAAUUCUAUGUAUUCCUAUUUACGUUUUCAAUCUUGAAUUCGGAUAAAAUGUUUUCUCAUUAAAUAGAUUUAGCAAAGAGUGACAGCGUAUGUUUUUUCCAAAAUAUUAUUUUUAAUUUCUUAAAAAUAUGAAGUACUUCUUACUAAAUUAUGAGUAACAGUCAGUUGAUCUUUAUCUUGAAUAUGGAUCGGUAAUUUUAUGAAAUGACAUACGCCAUUGACAAUGAGGGUAUUGCCAGAGACAAAAAAAUAUAUUUUUAUUUUAGUAUUUUUUUCGUCUCUGGCAAUGGAUUAGUCUGUAAGAAAGGUAGAUAGAAUUUGGAUGUGAUUUGAACAAGUUCAAACGUGUCUGUAUGUUGUUCCAGCGAGAUUGUAAUCGGUUAGUGACAGUCAUUUUUAUUAAGUUUUAUUUAUUUUAUAAAUAGUUUUUAUUUGGUACAAAACCUGUAUUUCCGACGUCCAUAGCAGUUAGAUUUAUGGAAUCUCUAGUUUAAAAGGGUACGCUGGAUUCAGAAAAGUAAAAAAGCACGGCGUGGGAUGAAAUAAUUCUUAGUCUUCUUAAAGUGAAAUAUGGCACACUGUUUUGUACUUUUUCUUAAUUUCCCCCCCCUUUAUUUUGCUUAUUUAUUGACUCCAGUUACUUACGAUCCCUAUUGACGACCUAGAAGUACAAAAUAAAAUAUGGAAUCGUAUGUUUAAUAAACACUUCUAUUUAAAAUGUGCCUCGCAGUUAGUGUAUUAAAAUUCCUGGUAAAAAAAAUGUUGUACUUUAGAAGAGGUUUCUGCAUCGCUUAAAUAUCUGAUACAUAUUUGUUUUUUUUAUUGGUGUUGUAGGGCAAUAGUUCUAUAUCUUUUAAUUCCGUUGUAAAGAUACAAAAAAGUGUAGCCAUGUUAAUAAAUUUAAAAGUUGUUGAUACAAUAAGUUUUCAUUAACUUUGUAUGAUAAAUAACUAUUAAAUAAUACAGAUGUAGUGACAUGAUGCUUGGAUAACGAUAUAACAAUACAAAGUGCUCUGAUUCCUUAGAUUUACUAUGUACUUAACUUGUAUUCCGAUAAAUAAUUAAAUAAAUUAAUAGGUAUUAUCUCUUACGUGGUGUUCUAUAAUUUUUAUACCAAAUAGGUGCCUUUUCGCAAUCCAUUAAACUAGAAUAAUUAAUACAUUUCAAUAUAACGUUAAUACAUACAUUUUCAGGAUUUUGGUUGUUUUUGAUCUUUGUUGAUACUUCUUUUUGAAGCUGCAUCGUCCGCGAGAAUAUAAUUGUAAUAUUUUAUCGCAGUAAGGACAAUAAAUAGAUAGUGUGUGGAAAUUAUAGAACAUCACAGCUGUCAUACUCUGAUGCCAAAUAUUAGUUACAUUUAACUAAUAUAUUUAGAGCUAAUUUCACAGAUUAUGCGUUCUAUAUGUAACUAGUUACGAAAGAGACUCUGGUUCAGCGAGAAAAAUUGUUUCUUUUUUUGUUUCUAGUAACAUUAUAAAAAAGCUAUUUGCUUAUUUUUCUUAAAUACUGUAUUCAUACAAAUAAAUGGUUACUUUACUAAAUCAUCUUCAUCUAAAUUAGAAUGCGUAAUCUGUGAAAUGGUUGUUAGAGUUUUGAUGUUAAUAAAAAUCAUUCGAAAAUUGUUUUCCAUUAGUUUCGCCGCAAGUGUACCUACAUAAUAUAGGUGAUUCAACUGUUUAUGUGAUUUUAUAAAUUGUCGUAAAUAGUUGAACCAUAUACAUGGCAGAAUGCGUUUUGCUCCGUGCGUUUUUGGAGGUCGUUAAAAAAUAAAAAUUCAAACAGAACGUGCUCAAACAACAUUUUAGAUGAGUGUUUUAGGAGCCUUUUUUGGUGUCACUAUCAGUAAAUUGUAAAAAAAGGAACAUGCUUCUCUCGUAUGGGUUGUGAGAUUAGUGUCCUGUCUUUUACUGACCAUAUGGUUUUUCCUGACCAUAGACUAAUGUCUUUAAAUCACUUUCUAUGUUCUGAAAUAAUGUAUAUUUGCAAAAUGCACGGAGCUUGUGCGUAUUCUGUUGCUCUAGAUACCUGUCUACAAGUGCCUCGCUGAGGUGUGUAUAUAUAGCUUUAUGUAGAUGAUGUGUGCCUCUCCGUUGGUCUGUUCGUUUAGCUAUAUUAUACUAUAAUUCCGAUAGUUAAAACUACAUAAAAUAAAAUGUAUUUAUCAUAAAAUACAAACUAUGAAAUAGGCUAUAAAAACUUUUAAGUUCUUUUUUAUGGAGUAGAGACGGAUGCACACAAUAACUAGUCUUAUGUACAGUGUUAACGACGUUGAUUUGUAAUCUUCUAUUUUAUUGACCACAUUAUUAUCAUAAUCAGUUCGGCAAUGAGAAUAGCUAGUAUAUUUUUGUUAAGCCUUUACAGAAAUAUUAAAGCGCGUGUAGAUUGUUUUACAACGAGUGGUAUAAGAGGUUAUCGUAUUAAAAUGACUUGUAUUAAAGUAAAUAUAUUGUUGAUUUGUUGAAUAGUUCAUAAAAUUAUGAUGACUACAAUUUAGAAAAGCGGAAUUCGAGUCGUGUCUCGAUAGAAGAUAAAUCUGUAAUGAAUGGAAGCUCUGAAUGUUAAUCUGAAAUUAACUUAUGCCACUCGGUUGUACCCCCAAUAGGUAACUAAACAAAGUCUAUAAUUGUAUAGCUAACGUAUUUUAUUUUGAUUGAAUCUUUAUGAGUAGCGAAUAUAUUGUAAAUAUGGUUUCCCUAGCGUUUCUAUCGAGGUAGGCAAAGUAGCAAUACUUAGGUAGGAUGUGUUCAUACAAGUAUAUUUUUAUCAUUUUUAAUGCUUUAUUUAUUAACUAGGAAUUAUUAUUUAUAAAGUUAUAACUAGUGUCACUUAUCGAAGCUAUAUUGUUUUUGAUUAUGAAGAAUAAUUACCUCAUAAUCGAAGGAGCGGUUGUCUAUGAAAUCACAAUGUUUAAUUUAGACGUGGAGGCCUGCUGUUUGAUUAGGAUUCGUAACAAUGUGUAUAGUAUAUCGCAUAACAGUAUUAAUAAUGAUUAGGGUGCGGCACGAGUGUCGUUAGUAGCUAGUUCAGUGGGCGUACAGACCGUAUGACCGUGUAUAUGUAUAAUUCCUAAAUUUCAUAUUCGUCGAGGAAAUGAUCAAGACACUGUUUGGCUAUGUGUAUAGGUAUCUGGUGCAGCCCAGUGCUGCAUAGAUGUAUAAUGCUGGCCGGCCACUAGGCCGCCGGCUUGUGAGCAGGAGCGCGUCUCAAUAUCAUUCAUACACAUCAAGUUGUUUCAUUAUCAACUAAAUAUUAUAUAUAAACUACAUAAAGUUUUAUAAAUGCAAGUAUAAUAUGUUUACGAGAUGGUUAUUUAGUUAUUUGUUAGUGUAUAGCUUUUUGAUGUAGCUACGUUUUGUAAAAGUGUAUGGGAUUAGUGCGGGGCCGCCGUGCGGCCGGCGCGUGACUACCUCGUGGCGCCUUCCCGUCGUGAACCAGUUCCAAAUAAACGUUACGAAUAAUAAUAAAGUCAGUUGUUUCAAUGUCCUCGGUGUAAAUCUGUUCCAUAACCUCCACAAGUGCCAACGUAGCGACGAUAACCAACGGACGCGGCCUCAACAAUAACUAGAAUAAUUUUGUAUCUGACAUUCCACGCACGCGAUUAUAUAGAGCGCUCGCGAGCCAUCCGCCAUUGUUGAAAUUAUUUAAAAAUAAAAUCUGCGAGCGCAUGCUAGAAUAAAAAAAAACCGGUGUCGAACAAAGUAUUUUUCCACAUAGGUCCCAGUGGUUCGGGCUACCAAAGAGUAAAGUUACCUUCACGUUAAGGAAUUAAUGUAAACUAGGACGUUAGUGAAAUUCGAUUGUAUAUAAUUUUGCAUAUGUGUUGCAUAGCUUGGUAUAGUGAGGAAUAUAUAACGAGAUUUGUACUGCUAGUUCCAUUCAGAUUACUGGCCCGUCUUAUGUUGACAUUCCAGGCUUUGUGUCAAGAUGCUUAUCAGCUAACAAUGUAGCCGGUCGUGGAUAUGUUAAACAGGAGACAUUAUAAACGUCUGAACGAAAUUGUUAACUUAGACAACUAUUAUUUUGACCAAUGUAAUCUGAACUGUGUAUCCUUUGUAUAAUAUUUAUCAAAUGUGCGAACGACAUACGUUAUGCAUAAUGAUAAGAGGUAAAUACAAUUUACACGAUAUAA